ACAGCACCUGAACGCGUUUCAGAACUUCUAAACUUUGUACCGUUCGAAUACAUGCCAUUGCUGUAGUUUGUUUUUAGAAAUCAGUCUGUCUUUCCAGAAUGGACGUUUUAGCUGUUCCCCAAAAGAGAGAAAAUGGCUGGUACUUGACACUUAUGGCACCAAACACAAAUGGACCAAAGUUUGCAUGGCUCGACCCAUCAAGACUCUAUUGCAACUCUCAGGCAUUGACCGAUUGUGUGAAGGACCUUCUCAGACCAUUCCAGAGUGAGGCCAUUGACCUGGUGGCUGGAAUAGAUGCCAUGGGCUUCAUCCUUGGGUCAGCAGUGGCCAUGACUUUAGGAAAAGGGUUUUUGGCCAUUCGAAAAGCAGGGCACUUAUGUGUUCAAACUCACUCUCAGGAGUACAGUGACUACUCUGGACGGCAGAAACUCUUGGAAGUGCGUGUUGAUGUCUUAAAGCCAGGUUUACGCGUACUUGUAGUCGACCAGUGGAUUGAAACUGGAGGAACAAUGAAAGCAGCUAUCAAACUGGUGGAGAAUCAGGGAGCUACUGUUGCAGGCUUUGCUGCUGUAGCCAUUGAGAACAGUGAGGGAGGGAAAUGGCUAAAGGAAAACUACAAGUAUUCCCACUGCAUUCCAAAUGAGCUGCAAACUCAGAUAGACAAUCAGUACCUGGAAUCUUUUAAGAACUUUUGUUAAACAUGUUGAAUUAAAGAAGGGGUAAUCCAUAUGCAAUUACCAUGUCUAAGAGACUGUGACAUGCAUUUUUGAUAGUGAAUGACAUUGUGCAGAGAGGUAUGUAUCUUUGGCCAAAUGCUCACAAAAAACAGUGCAUAAAUUCAGUCAUCUUGGUCAAAUACAGUGCAUCCAGAAAGUAUUCACAGCGCUUCAUUUUUCUCACAUUUUGUUAUGUUACAGCCUUGUUCCAAAAUUUAUUAAAUUCAUUAUUUUCCUCAAAAUUCUACAAACAAUACCCCAUAAUGACAAUGUGAAAGAAGUUUGUUUGAAAUCUUUGCAAAUGUAUUAAAAAUAAAAAACAUCACAUGUACAUAAGUAUUCACAGCCUUUGCCGUGACACUCAAAAUUUAGCUCAGGUGCAUCCUGUUUCCACUGACCAUCAUUGAGAUGCUUCUACAACUUGAUUGAAGUCCACCUAUGGUAAAUUCUGUCACUGUUAACUGUGGAACCUGUCUAUAUAAGGUUCCACAGUUAACAGUGCAUGUCAGAUUACAAACCAUGCCAUGAAGUCAAAGGAUUUGUCUGUAGACCUCCAAGACUGGAUUGUAUCGAGGCACAGAUCUGGGGAAGGGUACAGAAAACUUUCUGCAGCAUUGAAGGUCCCAGUGAGCAUAGUGGCCUCCAUCAUCCGUAAAUGGAGUUUGGAACCACCACGACUCUUCCUAGAGCUGGCCGCCUGGCCAAACUGAGCGAUCAGGGGAGAAGGGCAUUAGUCAGGAAGGUGACCAAGAACCCGAUGGUCACUCUGACAGAGCUCCAGCAUUUCUCUGUGGAGAGAGGAGAAACUUCCAGAAGAAUAACCAUCUCUGCAGAACUCCACCAAUCAGGCCUGCAUGGUAGAGUGGCCAGACGGAAGCCACUCCUCAGUAAAAGCCACAUGACAGCCCGCCUGGAGUUGCCAAAAUGCACCCGAAGGACUCUCAGACCAUGAGAAACCAAAUCUGAACUCUUUGGCUUGAAUGGGAACCAUCAGGACUGGAGGAAACCAGGCACCGCUCAUCACCUGGCCAAUACCAUCCCCACAGUGAAGCAUGGUGGUGGCAGCAUCAUGCUGUGGGGAUGUUUUUCAGUGACAGGAACUGGGAAACUAGUCAGGAUUGAGGGAAAGAUGAAUGCAGCAAUGUACAGACACAUCCUUGAUGAAAACCUGCUCCAGAGCACUCUGGACCUCAGACUGCGGCGAAGGUUCAUCUUAUAACAGGACAACGACCCUAAGCACACAGCCUAGAUAACAAAGGAGUGGCUACGGGACAACUCUGUGAAUGUCCUUGAGUGGCCCAGCCAGAGCCCAGACUUGAACCCGAUUGAACAUCUCUGGAGAGAUCUGUGCACCGACGCUCCCCAUCCAACCUGAUGGAGCUUGAGAGGUCCUGCAAAGAGGAAUGGGAGAAACUGCCCCAAAAGUGGUGUGCCAAGCUUGUAGCAUCAUACACAAAAAGUCUUGAGGCUGUAAUUGUUGCCAAAGGUGCUUCAACAAAGUAUUGAGCAAAGGCUGUGAAUACUUAUGUACAUGUGAUUUCUUUCAUUUUUUAUUUGUAAUAAAUUUGCAAAGAUUUCAAACAAACUUCUUUCGUGUUGUCAUUAUGUUUUUUUUUUUUUGGUAGAA